AUGGACGGCGCGGAGCGAGAGGUGGCGGCGCUGCUGGAGCAGGUCCAGGCCGCGGCCAGCAACGCCGAGCAGACGGAGCUCUUCCGCCACGUGCAGGAGAUCGCGCAGCACCGCGACCCGUCGGGCCCGGAGCGGCGCGUGCUGCGCGGCGCUCUGCCCAUGCUCGGGCAGCUCGCGCAGCUGCGCAACGCGGCGCUGGUGGCGUCGAUCCUGCAGUUCGUGGCGCAGGAGGCGGCGGCUGCGGCGGCGGCGACUGAGGCGCUGGACGCGGCCUGCGCGCUGCUGGCGGGGCUCUAUGAGGUAUGCCACACGGUGCUGCUGCUCGGCCACUCGACCGAGAAGAACGCGGUGCUGGCGCUGCAGCUGGCGCUCGGCAGCCUGCACGCGAGCUUCCAGAUCGUGCUCAGGGCCGAGGGCGCCGACAGCCACGCGGGCGUCGAGCCGCGCAGCGCCUGGGACGCCACGAUGCGCUGCGUCGAAGCGGCGGCGGACGUGGUCGCCAACGCGCCCGAGGCGGGGGGCGGCAACCGCAGCGCGAUGGUGUGGCUGCGCGCCUGGAAGCUGGUGGAGAGCGGCGUGAUGCUCUUCAGCACGGCGCAGGACGCGUCCGUGUACCGCGACCCGAUGCGCUCCAACGUGCAGCCCAACGUCUGCAGCUUGGACCGACUGGGCGGCUCCAAGCAGGCGAUCCUGGUCAAGCCGCAGCUGGAGGAGUUCGGCGUGUUCCUGCUGCAGAGACUGUGCGGGGUCAUCGGCGGCGUGGCGGACUCAAAGCUGACUCUAGCAAGACGCGAGCUGGGUGUGGCGGUGAACUCGCUGUCGCUGCUUGCCGCGGUGCGGCCGCAGCACAUGCCGCACAUCUUGCCCAGACUCAUUGCACUCUCGACGACGGCGGCGGCGCCCGGAACGGAGGACGCGUGGCUGCAGAAGACGCUGACAGCCAACUUGGUGAAGCUGCUGAGCCACCCGGCUGCGCAGGCGUUCGCGGACGAGGUGACGGACAUUUUGAUUGCUGUUGGCGCUUCGCAGCGCGCUUUCGCUGCGAUUAGUAAGAGCAAGGAGCAGCGGAGACGGUAUACGUCUGCGCCCACGGAGGCGUCGCUGCGCAGAGCAAGGAUCGGCAAGCGCACGGCUGCUCAGUCGAUCACUGAGCGAGUGGAGAAUGCCAAUGCCCACGCCAAGCGCCGGCGUGUAAUUUCCGGGUCUUCGGCGGCUCCGAUCUCUCGAGAAAAGGUGACACACGACGGCAUCGUGAAUAUGCAGGCAGUGGAGGUGGCGAACCUCGUGUUGGAGAACUUUGCCUCCGAUAUGCCCACAGCUCCGCCGAAUUUGAUGCUGGAACUUGUCCCGAGCGCUCUAAAGACGCGGAUGUCGGCAUUGCUGGCGAAGCUCGCGACCCCGUCCUCAGUACAGGCGAUUGAGAAGAGUGCGAAGCGUAUGCGCGACCCUCGCAUCAGACGCGACCCGAGGUUGAAAGCACAGAACAAGGAGCAGCCCGCGUUGGUGCCCAUUUUUGACGAGACUGCUGUGGAAGAAGUGAGUGACUGGAUAUCCAAGAAUGCUGCUACCAUUGCAGAGCCACUGGUGUCUGUCUCGGAGGUCAACGUGGUUCAGGUGCAUCUGAAAUCGGAGACUGCGGCAUGGCAACACGAAAUGGCGAUCGAUGCACUCGUGCGGAUUCUAGAGAACGAGUAUGGAGUGAAAAUUCGAGGCGACGAGGCUCUGCGAGAGGGUGUAGUCUGCCGAUUGGCGUCGAGCCCUUGGCUUCUUAGUACGGACGAAAACAGCAAACCAGUGUCGGAGUCGUCGAAUGAUUCACCGAAGCUGCCAUUUGUGUACCAGAAGAUUUUGGACUUCGUGUUGGGCGAUUAUCCUCUAGACACGGCCACUGCUGCGACUCCUGCUGGUACCGCCGACUACAAAAUCUACCGGACAGCCGUCAACUAUUUCUUCGACGCACUGCAAAAGAAGAUGGAUCUGUCUUCGUCGGCAGACAAGAAGCUUUUUGGAAGUUUGGUGGCUCAGUUGCCUCGUGUACCGGUGGAGAUUUUACGCAUUGUUACGUCGCUGUUUGGUGAAAAGACUGGAAUCGUGCUUGGUAUCACUCUGCUGCGUGACCUUACGAAGGAGCGGAAGGCGUGCCAAGCGCCGUGUCUUCUCCUUUUGUUGCGGUACACAUGCCACGAAGACGAGCACUACCGCAAUUCUGCCAUUCGAUGUGUGGCUAACCAGCUUUAUGGUAUUGGAGCCCUCAAGGGCGAUAUUGAAGCGUUUGCAAUUAAGCUGGUGAAUUCACUGCGCGAGCCUAGUACUGAGGACAAGGGUGCGUGGUUGAAGGCGCAAGUAGAGCGGAUUACCCUCGCUGAAAAGGACACCAGCGAAGAGCUACGAGCUUACGCUGACGAAGUACAAGGUGAAGCUGAGCUGUCAAAGGCUUUGGACAGCGAGCCCGAAAUCUUGCGGAGGUUGGAAUUGUACCUGGCACUGUGUGCGAAGAAGCCUUCUCUGUUGACGCAUUUGGUGGCGACGUAUGCGUACGCAUCUGAGGCAGUGCGGCAAGUGGUCUUCCGCGCCAUUGAAAAGCUCAUCAAGCAUCUCAAACAGCGCGGAAGCGUGAACGUCGUCGCUCAGCUGCAUGGGUACGAGCCGAACGCUCUGGGGCUGGUGUGCCACAUUAUUCAGAUCUUGUCGAUUCGUGGGCGACCGAACGAAACGAGCUCGUCGGCUACUGAUGAGCUCGUGCAACAAAUUUUGGAGCUUUACCACGGUCACGAGCACAUUCCGGACUCCAUCUCGGUGCUUAUCCCAGUUCUGCCCAGUAUUCGAGGCGAGACCCUGUUCCCACUGCUGCCGCAACUGCUAUCGCUACCCCAAGCUCGGCUGUCCGUCGCGAUCACUCGGCUACUGGAAGCGAUGCCUCCGCAGGUUGUCGCCCCGAUUGACUUGCUGGUAGCCUUGCAUCACGUCGACCUCAAGAGCGAGCCUACCAUGCAGAAGAAGGUGAUCAGCGCCAUCAACUUCUGCGUGGAGCACCGCCACGCCUUCCCGUCGGAUGUGCUUCUCCACGUGUGCCGCGUGCUGGUCCAAGAGGAGAGAAUCUCAAAGCUCUCUCUGCGCACGCUCAUCCUCAGUGUGACCGCGUAUCCGACGCUGCAGCAUGAUAUGGCGUCGCUAUUGGAGAUUCUCAUCGACCGGAGGGUGUGGGAGAUGGAAGACGCGCUGUGGAAGGGCUUCGUCAAGUGCUCGGCGCUCAUCCAACCGGCAUCUUUCCCGUUGCUGCUGCGCAAGCUUCCCGUGCCCCAGCUCGCUCUGCUUCUGAAGGAGGAGAAGGAGCUGCGCGUCUUGCUCCGUGAAUUCGCUUUCACAGCUGGCCCUGACGGCCAGCCGAUGGACCUCUCGUCCGACAUCAACGCACUUCUUGAAGACCCGAAGGAGGACGUCAAGCAAGAAAAUGCUACCAGUGUUGAAGAACCGGCAGUGAAGGUGGAGAGCGCAGACAGCGUUGAUCCCGUUAAAGUCGAGCCCAGCGAAUAA